AUGAAUUUCUUAAAACUAUUACAGAUGAAAAGGAGCGUGGAUGGGUAUAGUGUGGAAAUAGUUAUUGUUCAGCCAUUGUUGCACACCCACCUUUCUCUGGUUCAGGUACAAAAGGUAGUCAUGGCAUUAGAUUACAUGGGUGCGUCCUGUCACGCCUGCAUCGGGGGCACCAGUGUGCGUGCUGAGGUGCAGAAACUGCAAAUGGAAGCUCCCCACAUCAUCAUGGGCACCCCUGGCCGUGUGUUCGACAUGCUUAACUGGAGAUACCUGUCUCCCAAGUACAUCAAGAUGUUUGUACUGGACGAAGCUGAUGAAAUGUUAAGCCGUGGAUUCAAGGACCAGAUCUAUGACAUCUUCCAGAAGCUCAACAGCAACCAGGUGGUUUUGUUGUCAGCUACGAUGCCAUCCGAUGUGCUUGAGGUGACCAAGAAGCUCAUGAGGGACCCCAUCCGGAUUCUUGUCAAGAAGGAGGAGCUGACCCUGGAGGGUAUCCACCAGUUCUACAUCAACGUGGAACGCGAGGAGUGGAAGCUGGACACACUGUGCGACUUGUACGAAACCCUGACCAUAACCCAGGCUGUCAUCUUCAUCAACACUCGAAGAAAGGUCGAUUGGCUCACUGAGAAGAUGCACGCCCGGGACUUCACCGUCUCUGCCAUGCAUGGAGAUAUGGACCAAAAGGAGCGAGAUGUGAUCAUGAGGGAGUUCCGCUCUGGCUCUAGCCGAGUACUGAUUACCACUGACCUGCUAGCCAGAGGUAUUGAUGUACAACAAGUUUCUUUAGUCAUCAACUAUGACCUUCCCACCAACAGGGAAAACUAUAUUCACAGAAUUGGCCGUGGUGGACGCUUUGGUCGUAAGGGUGUGGCUAUUAACAUGGUGACAGAAGAAGGUAAGCGGACUCUCCGAGACAUCGAGACCUUCUACAACACCUCCAUUGAGGAGAUGCCCCUCAAUGUUGCUGACCUCAUCUGAGAGGAGCUGUCCUGCCACCUAGCCCCAGCUGGGGUUCAGUCCUCAGGGGCCGAGGAGCAGCAAGAGGGGGGAGGGGAGGGAGCCAAG